CAGAGGAAAAUUGGUGCGAGAAAAUUGCCAAAAAUGGCAUCGGCCAGACCCAAUCCCCUCACUAAUCUCACCAAAUCCAAGCCAAAAUAACAGACCGUUUUGUCUACCACAAAUCGCACGGGUGUUUCAGUUCCCUUCAUCCCUACGAUGCGCCUCUGGCGCUAGGAUAAAGUUAAUCACCAACAGUCCCACAAUGGCAGGACUGUUGGUGUUUUCAUUCCACCCAAACACGGAGAAAAAAUAGUAAUGAUCUUCAUCGCCAUCCCCAGGAAGAUAUGGAUGAGAUUUGACAUUUUUUGGCCCUAUAAAAAGCCAGCGAAGGACCAGAGCAAGGGGACCAGGAAGAAAAGAGAGAGAACAAAAAAAACAGAGAACCCAAGAAAAAAAACUGAGGAAAGACCAUACAGAGAGAGCCAAAAACACAAAAAAACAGACAAACCAGAGAGAAGGAUGAUCGGAGAGAAACGAAAACAGAAACAGCAGGGAAAAAAGAAGCGUUGCCCAACCAGUGCACCAUCGCCAUCGGCUUGAUCUCCAGCAAACCAGGAUAUUCAUCUGGAUCUUCACCAAAACUCUCCACGCACGCUCACUUGUGCCAACUUUUGUAUUAUGGCGUCAAGCUCUUCCGCCGUUACUCCUCCAUGGAAAUAUGAUGCGUUCCUUAGUUUUAGAGGUGCUGACGUCCGCCAUAAUUUCCUUAGACAUCUUUAUGAUGCUCUAGAUCAAAAUGAAAUCGAAACAUUUAUCGACUACAAACUUGGUGCUGGAGAAGAGAUCUCACGGAUCCUCUUGGAAAAAAUCGAACAAUCAAAUGUUUCAAUCGUCAUUUUCUCCAAAAACUAUGCAGAUUCUCCUUGGUGUUUGGAAGAACUGGAGAAGAUCCUCGAAUGCAGGCAAACGUUACAGCAAAUUGUUAUACCAGUAUUUUACCAUGUUGAUCCAACCCAUGUCCGAGAGCUGAGUAACAGUUAUGGAAAUGCACUUGCCGAGCAUCAGAGAAAAAUCAGUUCAGACAAGGUGGGCAAUUGGAAACGUGUUUUGAUCGAAAUAGCUAAUCUAAAAGGCUGGCAUUUUAAUGACACCAAGAAAGAGCCUGAACUAGUCCAGGAAAUUAUUGAUUACAUUAUGAAGGAGCUAAAACCUUUAUCCUCAAGCAAUUUUGGUAACUUGGUUGAAAUAGGUUCAUGUAAUAGAAAGGUUGAUGAUAGUGAAUAUUUCAUGUAACCAAUUGGUUGGUUACACGUAGCACUAAAUUUAUUCACUUUAAACAUAUUUAUCAUUAAUAAAAGGCUUUAUUUAUCUUUAAUAUUCAA